AUGCCCGGUUCUCCCAGAUGCCUCACGCCCCGUUCCUCGUGGCAUCCCUCUAACUCGGUGUGGUCCCAUCUCCCCCGUUCCCUGCCCCCACCACCACCGUGCCUGCGUGCCCUUACAUCCCGGUGCUCCCAAUGCCGCGUGCCGGGUGCUCCUGCUUUUCUGCAGCCAGGUCUUCUCGCCUCUCCAAUUCCCAAUGCUCCCACGACCCUCGUAUCCAGGUUCUUCCUAGGCCACCCGUGCCCGGUCCCGACUCCUCCACCCCAAUGCUCCCAGCCCUCCCAUUCCCAGUUCUUCUCGUACCCAUGUCCUGUACUCCCGGACCCCCCAUCCCCAGUUCCUCCUGGCAUCCUCGGCUCCCUACUCCCCUCAUUCCCGAUGCUCCUGGGCCCCCCAUGGCCGUUUUUCCCUGUUCCUCRGGUCACCUCGUGCCCCCUCUCCCGGCACGGGUGCCCCGUGCCCGGCCGGUGCCAGGUGCUGCUCUGUUCCCCGCUCCUCCUCUUCUCCGCCCCGUGCCGUCCCUCCUCCCCCGGGAAAGUGAAAGCGCGGCGGGCGGAAGCCGAGCCCUCCCCGCCGGGCCGCGCCGGGCCGUACCGGGACCGUACCGGGACCGCACCGGGGCCGCUCUCCGCCGGGGCCACCAUGGCUUCCAUCGGCACCUUCUUCCGACGGAGCCUGCGGCGCGCCGGCCGCAAAGAAGGAAAAGAUGAGGCCUCUGCUACAGAAAACAACCCCCCACGGGUGCCGCAGGGGAAGCCAGGGGAGCGGAGCUCRGUCUUCUACUCUCCAGGGCAGUUCUUCUUCGAGUACCUGGUGGUGGUGUCGCUGAAGAAGAYGACAGAUGGACAUUAUGAACCCAAGAUAACCUACCAAUUCCCAAAGCGUGAGAACUUGCUGAAGGGCCAGAAGGAGGAGGAGGAACGUCUCCUCCAAGCCAUCCCCCUCUUCUGCUUCCCCGACGGCAACAGCUGGGCCCCUGUCACYGAGUUCCCCAGUGAAACCUUUUCMUUCGUGCUGACCAACGUGGAUGGCAGCAGGAAGAUUGGCUACUGCAGGCGGCUGUUGCCAUCGGGGCGUGGYGUCCGGCUCCCUGAGGUUUUCUGCAUCAUCAGCUGCCUGGGCUGCUUCGGGCUCUUCUCCAAGAUCCUGGAUGAGGUGGAGAAGAGGCGCCAGAUCUCCAUGGCYGUGAUCUACCCCUUCAUGCAGGGCCUUCGGGAAUCGCCUUUCCCAGCUCCAGGGAAAACUGUCACCAUCAAAAGCUUCAUCCCCGAGUCAGGCACAGAGCUCAUUGAGCUCACACGGCCUGUGGAUGCCCACCUGGAGCACGUGGAGUUCCAGGCUCUGCUGCAGCGGCUCAGCCCUCACCUCAUCCUGCACAUCUUUGCCUCUGCUGUGUUGGAGCGACGGCUCAUUUUCCUGGCCAAGGAGCUGAGUGUCCUGUCUCAGUGCAUCCACGCCGUGGCUGCUCUCCUGUACCCCUUCACCUGGGCUCACACCUACAUCCCCGUGGUACCCGAGUGCCUGCUGGACACCGUGUGCUGCCCCACGCCUUUCAUGGUCGGCAUCCAGAUGCGGCACCUGGAACGAGUGCUGGAGCAGCCGAUGGAGGAGGCUCUGAUAGUUGAUCUCUGCCAAGGGAGGAUCAUCCAGGCGGUCGGUGAUGAGGAGGAGAUCCUGCCUGGGAAGCUGCAGACUGAGAUGCUGACAUCUCUGAACAGGCACAACAACAACAACAAUGUGCACACCUCGGAGCAGGUGAAUGCGCUGGUGUCGGAAGCCUUCGUGCACUUCUUCGUGCGGCUGGUUGGGCACUACGCCUCACACAUCAAGUGGGGCAGGAGCGGCUCCGGCAGCUUCCAGGAACGAGCCUUCUGCAAGGCCAUCGCCUCCAAGAGCUGCCGCAGAUUCGUGAAAAAGUUUGUAAAGACAAACAUGUUUUCCCUAUUUAUUGAGGAAGCGGAGAAGAGCAGGAUCCCACAGGAAGCAUAUUUCCAGCAGAAAAUAACUGAGUAUCAUGAACAGAAGAAGCACCGAAGGGACUCCUGAAGUCCAGCCUGGACACAGAGGAGCAGGACUGGGACUGACACAUCGCUGCCAGCAGCACCCACCUGGGACUCCUGAGCUGCCUGGGCAGCACUGAGCGCCACAUCCACCCUUUCUUCCUCAGGGCAUCACUGGAAAACUCUUUGCACAGAACUAGUGCCAGGCUGGGAUUUCUUUCCCAGUCGUGGCUGCUCCAGGGACAGACUGUGACUCCCAGUUCUCAGCCCUGCACAGUCCUUGUCCACACAGCACCUCACGCAGAGGGAGGGCAGCCAGGGCUGGCUGCAGGACAACAGGGGUUUAGAGUAAUUGUUAGGAGGGGGAAAAAAAGGGACGAGUAGAAAAUAGCGUUACUUGUCAUUAAAAAGGGGUUUGCAAAUAAGGAACAUCCCACUGAACRGUUCCCGAGAUUUUGUUACUAGCAACUGUUUUAUGUUGUUUUAUUGAGCCAUUGUUAAACACCAGCAGGAGCAGGUGGGGGGGUUUAGUGGUUUCCUCUCUUGCAGCUGCUGCGUCACUGGUGCCACACAGAGCCAAGUUUGGCUUUCUAAGGAAACGAAAAUACUGAUUUCCAGCAGGUUAUUUAUUUGUGCUGGAGCAAACUGUGAAGACCAUGUGGCUGUGGGGUGUGAAAGCGGAAAAUGAGGACCAACAACUUCAGGGAGGGAGGAAGGAUUUGUUCUAUCCUAAAGUAAAAUGUGUCACCAUCCUCCUUGGGUCUUGUCUUGGUGCCAACUUCUCUUAAAACCUCAAAUUCCACUCUGAAAUGUGAUGUCAACAGCAGAUUAAAGCUAAAUGAUGGUUCUUUUCCUUUCCAAAUGAACUCACACAGGAAAUAAAUAUUGCAGAUCUGACUGUCCCAUCUCAAAGAAACCCAAGCUAGGUACUUCUCUGAGCAAAGGCAGAGCUUCAUCCUCCUCUCUGGGAUGGCACAGCCAGGCUGUCGCAUCAUUUGGUACUCACCAGGCAUCGAAAUACCAAAAAUAUCCUUGAAUAAUGGCAUCCCACACUGCUUUGGGACGGCAGGGAUGUUCAUGAUCACCCAAUUCCACUCCUGCCAUGGGCAGGGACACCUUCCACUAUCCCAGGUUGUCCCAAGCCCCAUCCAGCCUGGCCUUGGACACUGCCAGGAAUGGGGCAGCCACAGCUCCUCUGGGCACCCUGUGCCAGGGCCUCACCACCCUCACAGGGAACAAUUCCUUCCCAAUAUCCCAUCUAACCCUGCCCUCUGGCAGUGGGAGGCCAUUCCCUGUGUCGUGUCCCUCUAGGCCAUUGUCCAGUCUCUCUCCAUCUUUCUUAUGGUUCUUUCCUGUACUGAAAGGCCACAAUUAAGUCAUCCCAAAGCUUCUCUUCUCCAGAAUGAAUACCACCAGUUCUCAGCCUUUCCUCACAGCAGAGCUGCUCCACCCCUCUAAUCACCUUGGUCCUUCCUCCCCUGGCUUCAAAUCCAGUCUAACACAAUUUUUGCAGUGGUACUGAAAGCCCCAGUAGGUGAUUUUGCACAAGCACUGAAAUCCAGCAGGCUGCCAGCUGGCUUUUACUCUCAGAGCUGGGCAACAUCCACCCAAACAAGGGAGAUAAAGGACAUUUAUUUUUGAACCCUUCGUGAAGUCAGGCACAAAUGUGACAGACACACGACUGGACACAGGGACAAACAGCACUGAGUCUCCAGUCCUGCUGAAAGAAAGCUGUUGAUUUGUUGCUCAGCUCCCACAUGUACUUGGAGGGGGAACAGGAAUUCUUUACUAGGAAAAAAGGGGAUUUUUGACACUGGGGGUGUCUUCUCUGGCUCCACAAAUUCCCCCUCAUGGUCAGUACAGGGCUAACUACAGAAAUAAAGGUUAGUGGUAUUUUUCUGGGUUUUUUUAAAAAUUAUAUUUAUUUUUCAAAGUUCAACUGACAACAGAAAAUGGUGUGGAAAAUCAAGGGCACCUAUCAAGAAUAAUCCCUUUGGAAAAGGUCACUUGCCUCACCACUCUCCUGCUUGUUCAUUAUGUCAAGAGGAGAUACCAAAUGUUUUGGUUGUGAAGCCAAACACAAUCUCAUUAAGAAAUUGGGAAGUGGUCCUUGUUUGGGGAGUAGUUCCUUUGGAAACAAUUACAAAUCAUCCAAGGGACUGGAUUGUGUGGUUGCUUAAUUCCUGUUGGAGAAAAAAACUGACAAAUUUAUUCCUUAGCUGCUGAAAACAGAUAUGCAAAACCAGAUCCUUAAAUUAAAAAAUACAUACAUUUUCAAAUGCAGUCAGUGCUCCAGCUGGCAGGCAAGAGUGAAUUCUAGCAGCAGAACAGAUGGAGCUGCCUUAGAAUCAUCAAAUCCCAGAAUGGUUUGGGUUGGAAGGGAUGCUACUGAUCACCCUGUUCCACCCACUGCCAUGGGCAGGGACACCUCCCAUUGUCYCAGAGUGCUCCAAGUCCCAUCCAGCCUGGCUUGGACACUUCCAAGGAUGCAGGGGCAGCCACAGCUUCUAUAGGCACCCUGUGCCAGGGCGUCAUCACACUCACAGGGAAGAGUUUCUUCCCAAUGUCCCAUCUAAAAAUCUCCCAUUUCAGUUUGAAUCCAUUCAUUCUUGUUCUAUCAUUCUCUCCUUGUGUAGAAAGGCACUCUCCUUUUUUUUUUUACAGGCAUUUUUUAAGUUCUGGCUUUAACACUCUCCCUUUAGUGCCCAAAGAGUGGACAGACUUUGCUGGGGACACACAGGGAAGGCUCAGCUAGGGCUGCUGGGAGCAGGGACACUGGGGCUGGGUCACAUUGCAGCACAUCAGCACAACCCACAGCGUAUUUUUAAUUCUUCCUGCUUGAGAUUUGUCCAACACUUGAUCUAAGCCUACAACAGUAAAUAA